AUGCUCCUCAUCAAGCCGUCAUGGCUGAGCCACAGCGGCGAACAAAAGGACUUUGAAGUCUACAGCUGCCAUGUGUCGCCCGAUGGCAAGCGUCUCGCGACGGCCGGCGGCGACGGCCACGUCCGCAUCUGGUCCACCGAGGCCAUCUACAACUCGCGCGAUCCCUCCUACACCAAGCCGCGACAGCUCUGCCACAUGAGCCACCAUCUCGGCACCAUCCAUUCCGUGCGCUUCAGCCCCAAUGGCAAGUACCUGGCCAGCGGCGCCGAUGACAAGCUCAUCUGCGUCUACCAUCUCGACAAGGGCCCGCCGCCCGCCACCUUUGGCUCCGACGAGCCGCCGCCUGUCGAGAACUGGAAAACAUACAAGCGACUGAUUGGCCACGAGAAUGACGUCCAGGACCUGGCUUGGUCCUACGACUCGUCCAUCCUCGUCUCCGUCGGCCUCGACUCCAAAGUGGUAGUCUGGUCAGGCUACACGUUCGAAAAGCUCAAAUCUCUGCCUGCGCAUCAGUCGCAUGUCAAGGGCAUCUGCUUUGAUCCCGCCAACAAGUUCUUCGCGACCGCCAGUGACGAUCGAACUAUUAAAAUUUUCCGCUUCACAUCCCCCGGGCCCAGUUCAACGCAGCACGAUAUGAUCAACAAUUUUGUCCUCGAAACUACGAUUAGCUCUCCCUUCAAGAGCUCGCCCCUUACAACGUAUUUCCGACGCUGUUCGUGGUCACCCGACGGUAAUCACAUUGCGGCUGCCAAUGCCGUCAAUGGACCUGUCAGCUCUGUCGCAAUCAUUGAGCGCACACGCUGGGAUUGCGAAAUCAACUUGAUCGGCCACGAAGCACCUACGGAGGUGUGUCUUUUCUCCCCUCGAUUGUUUCAUACCUCGAAGCCUGGCGGAGAAGCAUCCGAGAGUGAUCAGCCUUCACUUGUCACGGUGAUAGCAGCUGCCGGACAGGACAAGACGCUCAGCCUCUGGAACACCAACACUUCUCGACCUGUGGUCAUCUUGCAAGAUCUCGCUGGAAAAUCCAUCUCCGACUUGGCGUGGACACCUGACGGCGAGACCUUGUUUGCGGCCAGCUUGGAUGGCAGUAUUGUCGUGGCCCGAUUUGAGGACGGUGAGCUCGGCUGGGUUGCUACUGCGGAAGAGAACGAUCGAGCGCUGCAGAAAUAUGGAGCCUCACGGAAAGGCAUGGGAAUCGCAGAGGAUGUCGAUGGUCUCAUGCUAGAGGAUCAGAGCAAGGCUGGCGAGUCCAGGGAUUUGCAGUCGCGAAUGGGCGCAUUAAUGGGUGAUGCGCCUGCUGGCGAAGGCAAUGCUUCCGCAGCCACCAAUGGCACCCAGACUGGCGACUCGACACCUAAACCCGCAGCCAAUGGCGUAUCGUCGGAGAAGCCCGAGCAAGACAAAACUGCAGAGCGAGUCAAAGAGCUCAAGUCUAGAGUGACGGUCGGCAAGGACGGCAAGAAGCGUGUUGCUCCUCUGCUGGUCUCCUCGUCAGGCACGGGCCAGUCUUCUUUACCACAGACGCAGCUGAUCGGUUCUACGUCGACAACGAAAAUAUCCCAGAACGACGCGCCGCUCACGGUACUCGACCUCAGCAAGCCGUUCAACGGCCUACCCGAAGGCGGCAUUGCAUCCCUGCUACUGGGAAAUAAGCGCAUUCGUACUGGGGCCGAGACUGAGGAGGGGGAAGAGCCUCUUGCAAAGCGGCCAGCCGGCGGUCCAACAGCAAUCGUGACCGGCGGGGUAGCUGGCGUUGAGCCGGCAGUGCUAGCUAACAUUGAGAACGGCGUCAUACCGACGCCAGAAUUCUUGCGACCUGCCGUCCUGAACCCAGCAUUGUCUGUGGCAGCGGUCAGGCUUGCAGUGCCUCGAGUGCGAUCGCAUAUCAUACGACCCCUUGAGAAGGGAAUUCUCGGUGUUGAAAGUGCAACUACCAAGACAGCUGAAAUCACAAUUCUCGAGGCCAAGAAUGCCGCGAACCCCAACGAUCCGUCCCGAGUUAUCGUUUCGAAACGUGGUGCUGUUGUUUGGCACGAAUUCCUGCCGCGCGCCGUCAUUCUAGUUACCGGAAACAAGAAUUUUUGGGCGGCUGCGUGCGAAGACGGCUCUAUUCAUGUCUGGUCGCCUGCUGGACGUCGACUUUUGAAUCCUAUGAUCCUAGAAUCGCAACCCGUCAUUCUUGAGUGCCGCGACCAUUGGUUAUUGUGCAUUACAGCGGUGGGCAUGGCCUACGUUUGGGACAUCAAGACGCAAUCUUCGCCUCACCCUCCUGUGUCGCUUGCGCCGAUCCUCGAUGCUGCAGUAUCGUCACUCGACCAACACCAUACCUUCACGGGUGGUCCAGGUGUCACCUCGGCUCAUCUUAACACGACGGGGCACGUUGUUGUAACUCUGUCAAAUGGCGAUGGCUUCUACUAUGCUCGCGAUAUGUACACGUGGCAACGACUCAGUGAGUCAUGGUGGGCUGUUGGAUCCCAAUACUGGAACUCGAACGAUUCAUCCGUUUCCGCUCUGCAGUCCACGGCGGUUGGACCGAAGUCGAGGACGAGGUCGACAAGGAGAAAGAGCAGGAGAAAGCAAGAAGAACAAGAGCCGGAGGAACCGGCGGUUGAUGUUUCCUCUGGCAUAAUCCCAUUUCUGGAACGUCACACGACUAACGAGUUCAUGGCCAAAGGCCGAGCAUACGUUAUGCAACGCAUUAUCAAAACGGUUAUCCAACGAAAAGAAUCAGAAGAUUUGGAGAGUGUUGUCAGCAUUGCGCAUCUCGAGAAUCGAUUGGCAGGUGCACUGCAGCUAGGGGCUCGCGACGAGUUUCGGUUAUAUCUUGCCAUGUAUGCCAAGCGACUGGGAGCCGAGGGCGCGCAUGGGAAGGUCGAAGAAUUAUUGAAGACACUUGUUGGUGGUAUUCUCCAAGGCGAUGACGCCGACGCGGAGGGCGGGAAGGGCUGGUUCAGCAAGGCGGAUGAGCUGUGUGGCUGGGAUCGAAAGCAGUUGUUGAAGGGAGUGGUUCUAAGUCUUGGAAAAUACCGUGAGUUGCAGCGACUAACCGGCCAGUACGCCAGGCUGCUGGAUCUCGAUCUGGGCAGCGGUGCCGGAGCCGACGCCGAUUCCAUGGAGAUUGAAAACUAG